AUGGAUACCGAGGACGCGGGGCCGCCCGGCCUCGACGACGCGGCGGAAGAGAGGACGUCGAACGCGCUGUGGCGGAUGGCGGACGCGCUGGUGGACGACGACGCCGUCCCCGCGGCCGCGGCGGCGGCGGCGGCGGGGGAUGCAGAUUCAGCCGGAGCCGUCGCCGCCGCCGUCGCGGCCGCCGUCGCGAAGGCGCUGUCGCGCCUCCCCGCCGACCACCUCGACCGCCUCUUCCCGGCCGGGUCCUUGGAAACCCUAAACCACGACGUGACUGAAACUCUUCGCGCGAUCGUCCGCGCGCUGAACGACGAGUACGCGGUUCGAAAGGAAACCGUCGGCAAGCGCGCGGGCGUCGCCGCGCAGUCGUUCGCGUACUCCAAGGUGCGUUCUAUUGCACACUGGUCCCCAUACGACCCCGUUCGCGUGGUGAACGCGGAUCCUUAA